AAUACUUUUUAUGUGGUUCAGAGCACUACGUUCAAUGUUUGAUACAAUGGAGUUGUUUUUCACAGUAUUAAUGAUUAUGAGUAUGAUUAAGCCCGGAUUAAGCAGCACAACAACUUUCAAUGUGUUGCAAUAUGGAGCAAUUGGAGAUGGAAAAAACAAUGACUCCCCUGCCUUUGUGAAGGCAUGGAAAGAUGUGUGCCAGAGCAAGUCAGACACAUCUCAUCUCAUCAUACCAGCAACCAAGACAUUCUUACUCAGACCAAUAACUUUCAACGGUCCAUGCAAUUCUAAAUAUAUCUACAUUCAGAUUUCAGGGAACAUAGUAGCACCUAAAACAAAAUCAGAAUAUUCAGGAUCCCACAUAAACACAUGGAUUGGCUUCUCAUUUGUCAAUGGUUUAAUUAUAAGUGGAAAAGGGACAAUUGAUGGUAGAGGCUCUGUCUGGUGGAAACAACCUUGCAUAGGAAAUCCACCACCCGGGACAAAUUGCCGUCCACCAACUGCAAUAACACUGAAUAGAUGCUAUAGGUUUCAAAUAAAAGGAUAUACAAGUAUGAAUCCAGCAAGAAGCCAUAUAACUCUAACAAGUUGCAAGAAAGGCAUUAUCUCUAACAUUCGUCUAAUUGCUCCUGGAGAUAGCCCAAAUACUGAUGGCAUUGAUAUUUCUUCCUCUAGAGACAUUCAAGUACUUAACUCUUUCAUUGCAACAGGUGACGAUUGCAUUGCUAUCAGUGCGGGAUCAUCCUUAGUUAAAAUAACUGGUAUAACAUGCGGUCCAGGACAUGGUAUCAGUAUUGGAUCAUUAGGGGCACGUGGAGAGACCGAUAUUGUAGAGGAUGUGCAUGUGAAGAAUUGUACUUUGACUCAAACAUUAACUGGAGUAAGAAUCAAAACAAAGCAGGGUGGAGGUGGAUUUGCUAGAAGGAUCACAUUUGAAAAUAUUAAAUUUGUUCGAGCUAAUAACCCCAUUAUGAUUGACCAGUUUUAUUGUGUUAAUGGAAUGGUAUGCCAAAACAAGACUCAAGCAAUCAAGGUGAGUGAUGUAACAUACAGAGGAAUUAGUGGAACAUCAUUGACAGACAAGGCAAUAAAUUUGAACUGUGACCAAAAUGUUGGGUGCUCCAACAUUGUGUUUGAUCGUGUUUAUGUAAAAUCUGGUGUUCCUGGGAUGAAGGUUUUCUCAUUCUGCCAUAAUGCCCAUGGAAGAGCCACACACACCAAACCAGCUUUAAAUUGUUUGCUCAAGUAGCUUAUUUCCUUUGAAUUGAGGACAAAAAUUGAAUACAAGACUUCAAAUUGUUUUCAUUUCUUUUUCUUUUUCUUGUGGAAUCAUGGUUAAUUAGUUGCUGAUUAUUUAGAUAGUUGGUGUGUGAUUACUGAAUUAUAAUCCUAUGAUGAUACGAACUCGAAACAUUUGGUCAACCAAAAUGUAAUUUGUAUCAUUUCAUACAAGUGUUCUUGAGGAUCUUAUUAAUUAAUUGCUUGGGUGUAUUUGGUUCUUAAAAUAAGAACUAUCUUUGUUCUUAUAUGUAAAACUUUCUUGAAAA